AUGCCUGUGGUUCAUGGUGACUGUGGGCCCCCACCUCGCAUGACCUAUUCCAGACCAUCCAGUGAUGAGCACACCAGCAGCUUCCCCAUUGGAUCCAGGGUGACGUACACGUGCAUCGAAGGUGCCAUCAAAAUCCCCUGGAGGUCGGACACGACGAAGUGCCUGCCCGGCGCGCGCUGGUCAAAACUGCCCGAGCCCUGUGGCCGGAGCUGCGGUGCCCCGACGAGGUUGCGGUUUGCUGCCCUGUCCAAGGCGGAUGAGAUGAUUAAUUUCUUUCCUGUUGGGAGCAACGUGAGCUACAUCUGCCGCCCUGGCUAUGAGAACAUCUCAGAUAGUUCUCCCACCAGCACUUGCCUUGAAAACCUGGAGUGGUCGGAAGCUGCUGAGCUGUGCAGAAGGAGAUCCUGCGGCGAGCCGGGAGCGGUGCCCGGGGGCAGGACGGUUGUUCUCACAGACCUGCUGUUCGGUGCCAGAGUGACCGUGUUCUGCGAGGAGGGGUACAAACUAAAUGGGAGUAGUUUCAUCCACUGUCAGCUUAAAGGAAACAAUGUUGAAUGGAGUAAACUUCCAACUUGUGAAUUAAUUACCUGCUCUUCACCUCCUCAAAUUACCAAUGGCAAGCAUGAUGGCGAAGGUGUAGAGAUAUUUGUGUAUAACUCAAUGGUGACUUACAGCUGUGACUCCAGCUUCCAGCUCCUUGGAAACGUGAGCAUCCGUUGUACGAAUUCCCGUGGAAAUGGCAUCCAGCAGUCUAAGAAAGCUUUCACAUGGGAAAUGAAGCUCAGCCUUUAUAAAAAGUCACUCCAAAAUACCAUCUCCUUCUCCCGUUCUUCUUUCCCCAGGACACCAG